CAACUAGCCAAGACGCCAUCGGACGGGAGCCAACAUCCCAUGUAGAGAGGCCGCCCUCGCCCCGUGCCACCGGUGGGCAAAGUAGCCCCCCUCCCCCCGACGCCUAGCCUGUCGCGCCACCGCCAUGUGGCCGCUCCAUCACCAUGCAACCGUGCCACGAACCGCCUUGCCCUGGGUCAACGAAGCACCCCCGAUCCAGACACAUCGGCCCGCGCAAAGGCCGCUGGGAGGGGAAAUGAGAAGGCCUCACCGGCGCCGGCUAGGCCUCGCCCGGCCGCACCCUGGCGGCGGCGAGGGAGGAGGAGGGGAUGGAGCAGGAAGCUGGCUGCGACGCGCUAGGUUUCCUCCCCGUCGCCUUGCAGGGGUGACACAGGAGGGUGGGGGAAAGUCCGUAACAAUCCUCGCUCUUGAGUAAUACUCCCUCUGUAAACAAAUAUAUGACACUGAUUUCCCUGAAAGAAAGACCGGUAACAAAAAAAAAAAAUGAGCACGUGUAUGCAGUUCCCGCUCAACCUUAUCUUCACCGCCGCAUACUCCCUCUUCCUUCUCGCAAACAAAGCUCAGCGGAGACGACUGGGAGUAGAGAGCUUCAGACGAGGAGAUGGCCUGCUGGUUGGGGGCAGCCUACAGAGUGGCGGCAGCGGGGGUCUUGCGGUCUGAGCGGCAACGAUUCAGCCUUCCUCGAGCGCCGACGGCGGCAAAGAGGGCCAGCUUCUUGGAGCAGCAACUAGAGGAAGCAGCCGGCAGCGCUCGCGCUGUACAAGGGUGUGUGGCUAGCCCAACUACUGCUAAGGUGAUAGAUAACCAAAUGGAGAGUGAAGUCGCAAUGGGCUACACGAUGACUCAAAUCUGUGAUAGGUUUAUUGAGUUCUUCAUGCAUGAGAAGCCAGAAACAAAGGACUGGAGAAAAAUAUUGGUUUUCAGAGAGGAGUGGCAAAGAUACAGACCGCACUUCUACAAGCGUUGCCAAGUGUGUAUAGAUGUGGAAACUGACACUUCUGUGAAGCAAAAGUUGAUUGUACUCGCUAGAAAAGUAAAGAAGAUCGAUGAUGAAAUAGAGACGCACAUGGAACUCUUCACAGAGCUCAGAGAGAAUCCCACUGAUAUCAACGCUAUUGUCGCAAGACGACGAAAGGAUUUUACUGGGGACUUCUUCCGCAAUCUCAAUUUUCUUGUAAAUGCUUACAACGGCCUUGAUGAGCGAGAUGCAAUUGCCAGGCUUGGGGCCAAGUGUCUAUCUGCAAUUCAUGCAUAUGAUUGCACACUCCAGCAGUUGGACAUUGAUUCUGCUCAAUCAAAGUUUGAUGAUAUAUUGAAUUCUUCUUCACUAGAUGAUGCGUGUGACAAGAUAAAAGGAUUAGCUAAGGCUAAAGAACUUGACUCAUCUUUAGUUCUUCUGAUUAAUAGAGCCUGGGCUGCUGCAAAAGACUCUAAAACUAUGAAGAACAAGGUCAAGGAUAUAAUGUAUCAUAUUUAUACAACUGCAAAGGAAAGCCUCAAAAUCAUCUCACCUCCAGAGAUGAAACUUCUGAAGUACCUACUGAAUAUUGAAGAUCCCGAAGAGAGAUUUGCUGCUCUCGCGUCUGCUUUCUCUCCAGGAGAUGAGCACGAAGUCAAGGAUGAAGAUGCUCUUUACACAACUCCCAACGAACUCCACAAGUGGAUCAAAAUGGUGCUAGAUUCGUACCAUCUCAACAAGGAGGAGACGGAUUUCAUGGAUGCCAGAAGGAUGAGCGACCCGGUUAUCAUCCAGCGAUUGAUUCUUCUCAAAGAGACGGUCGAGGAAGAAUACAUGAAGCAAUACAUAAACCCUGAGGACCAAGAAUCAGAGGACAGGGAAGAACAAGAAUUUUGAGCCUGUAACACCCAUGAAUCGGUGAUGUUUGUAGAAGAUCAGAUGUUUUGUAGGUUGCCAGGACUAGUGUUGGUCUUAUGAAGUUACAGCCUUACAGAGAGAUAGUUAGGUAGGUGCCCUGUAGCAAGGUAAGGUUUAGCUAGAACUUAUGGUUUUUUAGUACACUGAUUACAUGUUCGUAUGCGAUACAAGCAAUAGCAAUCUUCGGUGCAUGCAGUCAAUAUUUCAUCAUCGAUCUUUUA